GGUCGACCGAGCAGGUCGAUACUCGCCUUAUCUCCAUCGGGUUUUCGUAUAUUUAGCAAAAAUCGGUUUGUUUCGAUCGCGCGGUGUCUCGCCGGAAAAAGUGCCAUGCAUUUGUUCAACAACAGAUUCAACGAGGGCGGUUCGGGCGGCGUCGCUACCCCUAAUCACACCGAAGUGGUAUCGAAUUCUAGUGCGAUCGAUAAUAGACUGGUGGAUCCCAGCGUGGCGGAUUUGCCGCACGAUAACGGCAAAGUGUUGGGGUUGGAAAGCGCCGGUGAAGUGCACGAGAUGUCGAAUUCCAGCGAGGAAACGGCGCCUAAUUUGCCAACGGGCAGCGGCGGGAUAUCGCAGCAGGAUUACCAUCCCGGUUCCGCGGGAUGUAUGCAGGAUUUGCACCAUGCGCACAACGCGCCCGGAGGAUAUUUGAAUCUACCAGGCGCUGGCGGAAGGACCCAGCACGAUGCUUAUCAAGCGUAUUUGAAGCUAUCCAGCAUCAAGACGACUCCGCUACCGGGCGAAGAACCGAGCGGGUACGCCGCGACGGCGGGCGCCGGCGGGCUGUUCACGCACAUGAACAUGGCCGGGUACCUCAAGACGCCGGCGGGGCCGCACGGCCACUUCCCGUCGCAUCCGGGCAUCGGCUCCGGCCUGGCCGGCAUGUCCAUGCCCGGCCUGGGGCCCUUCGGGCUCACGCAUCCCCUCGAGCCGGUCCCGUUUCCGCAAGUCUAUUCCUAUUUUGCAGGCGUGAAUCCCCGGAAACAGCGAAGGGAAAGGACGACGUUCACGCGCGCCCAGCUCGACGUCCUCGAGGCGCUCUUCGGCAAGACUCGCUAUCCCGACAUCUUCAUGCGCGAGGAGGUCGCCCUGAAGAUCAACCUACCCGAGUCCAGGGUGCAGGUGUGGUUCAAGAACCGCCGCGCCAAAUGCAGACAACAGCUCCAGCAGCAACAGCAGAAAGAAUCCAACCGAGCCGCCCCGUCCACCCCGACCAAAUCCAAACCGAACAAGCAACCGGCGGCGGCGUCGUCGGCGCCCGCCACGUCCGCCGCGACGGCCGGCGGCGUCCCGGCGCCGGCCACCUCAGUCUCGCCGCCCGUCGUCAAGAAGGAGGCGGCCCAGCAGGGCGGCUACAAGCCGACCAACAACGCCGGCAAUCUGACGCCGUUGGGCAGCAACACGUCGAGCGUCAUCACGACGCCGUCGCCGCCGGUGACGCCGGGCGGGAACGCGUCGCUGCCCUACCAGCACGACGGCUACAACACGUUCAAUUGGCACCACGCGAACGGGCACGGCUCGUCGCCGCACCACCACUACUAUUCGGGGCAGAAUUACAAUCACGCGUACUACAGCAGCCAGAUGGAGUACUUCAAUCAGCAGGCGGCGGGGGCGGCGCAAAAUCAGAUGCAGAUGGGGCACCAGCACGUGGGCGGCGCGUACCAGAUGGGGUCCUAUUCGGGCAUGGGGAUGCCGUCGGGGCAUCACCAGGGCUUCAGUCCGAGGCAUCCGGACUGCGCCAAUUUCGAUUACUUGAACCAACCGGUUUAGUUAUAUAUGCCUGUAUAGGGAGUAUAUACGAUUUUUUCUUCCUUUAUAUUAUUAUUAUUUCUGUAAAGUUAGGUUUUUUUUUAGUUAGUCUAGGGAUUAAUCGAUUGUACCUAUAUCGCGUUAAGUGCAUAUCAGAGUGUAUAUAAAAAAAAUAUGAAUUAUAUAGGCCUAAAAUGCGGCACUGUACAAUAAGAAGGAAAACGAAUAUUUGUAAAUAUCUGCAUUUUUUUGUAUUAAUAAUGUGUAGGUAAGUUUAGAAAAAGGUUGAAAGGCACUUUCAAUCGCGUAUACAGGGUGUUCUCUAAUAGCAUACUUGUAUUAUCUGAUUCACUUUUGAGUGCUAUAAAAUACAGGGUGUUUCUGAAACAAGUGGUCGAAUCUUUGGGGGCAAGUAGAGAACCUCAAAAUAUGACAAAAACUUAUAUCUCAUUUAAAAAUAUUCAUUCCUAGAUUUUUAAAGAUGA